GUUUUGAGUGUUAAGCACUGAAGUGUGUCCAUAUCGCACACAACACUUGUAGACUAAGUUUGAAGACUGGCUCAUUUGUGGCUCAUUUUGUUUGCGGAUUUCGUAAAAGCGGGAAGCCGCGCUGCACUAAAAACCAUAUGAAGACAUGUAUUCUUGUAAUAAUGGAAAUGGAAAACGAAGCGUAAAAAGUGGAAGCUAUCAAACACUCAGUUUCUUAGGCAAUAACUGCGAAGAAUUUCGAAUCCAUGGAACAGUCAGUGCGCGCAACUCAAACGUUGCAGUUGGAAUUUUGUAAGUGAACUGAAAAUAAGUGAAAUAAGUGUCUAAACAAAGUUAUAGAAGUGCUAAAAAAGGAUAUGUGACUGAUGGAAUGUGAAAUAAUAUAAAUAAAGUGAACUAACUGUGUUGCUGUAAAAUAAAAAGUAUUCAAAUAUGUGUUAAAAACUAACCUAAAAUGCUGAAAGUGAAAGAAAAAAUUUAUGAGCUGUAAAAUUUAUGCAACCAUAUAAUUAUUACGAUUUCUGUUGUAGUUUUCGCCUUUGUGACCUAAAUAAUUUUGUGUCUGCUGGUUUCAUUAAGGAAAAUGGAAUAUAUAACUCCAAAUGUGUGGGAGGGAAAUUUUUGAAUCCAGAAAGUGUUAAAAAAGUUGUUGGAAUUGAAAAUAUAACAUUUUUGUUUGAAAACUAAUAAUUUUAAAAAUUUAUUUUAAAAAGUGUUUUAUAAGUUUAAGAGUUUUGAAAUUAAGUAAGUUUCGAACUACUGCAUCUAAAACUAAAAAUUGAAGUUUCCAAAAGAUACAUCGGAUUUGUGUGAAUUUUUAAAAUUUACCAGUGUUUAUGAAAACAUGUGACCUUUUGAACUCAACUCAAGCUGCAUCUCCAACGCCAUGAAGCGCAGACGUAGCAUCAGAAUACCGUGGACCGUUUUGGCGCCGCCGCAGAGAAAAUAUCUUAACUAUAAUUAUACAACAUAUCGAAGUUUUAGCGUUAAUCUAGUCCCCCUAUUGCAACGCAUGCUGCUAUUAUGGCUGAUCAUAGCCGCCGAAAUGCUUGUGAGCGUGCAGUCCGAAGGUUGUCCGCCCUCAGAGGCCAUAUUGCCAUGCCGUUGUUCGCUGCGCGGCAAAGAGAUACAAAUAUGGUGCUCCCACAGCAAUUUGCCGCAAAUAAUGGACGGCAUUAAGGCGGUGGAACGUAACAUUAAAAGUCCUAUCGAUGAGUUGGUGCUGGAGAAUAAUCAACUGCCCGCAUUACCCGGCCGCUUUUUUGGCACACUGCAGAUCGUGCGUCUUAUGCUGCGCUAUAACAGCAUUGAACGCGUCUCCAACGGUUGGCUGAAUGAGAUGGAGAAUCAUUUGGUGGAAGUGUACAUUGUGGAGCCACAACUGCGUAGCAUACCGGUGGAGAGCUUGAAUGGCAUGAUCAAUAUGAUUGCGAUCACUAUACAAUCCGAUGAACUGAAGCAUUUGCCAGACUUCUCGGGCCUGCUCAGUCUCACCUAUUUGAGCGUGCAGAGUAAGUCGUUGACCGAGUUGCAGUCGCAUUGGUUUCGCCAUUUGCCGAAAGUACAAAAUGUGCACAUCAAUGGUGGUCCGCAUUUGACGCGGCUUGAGACGGGCACUUUCGAUGGUUUGAUCUCGCUGAAAAAUAUCGAUCUUAGUCGCAAUGCGUUGAAUUGGAUACAUUUGCGCGCGCUCAGCCGUUUGCCGAACCUAGUGAGUCUAAAGAUGUCUUACAACGAUGUCAGCGAUGUCGGUAUGGUGGGAAGAAUUGUCAAGGAUUUGGAAAAUCUGAAGAAAUUACGUUUGGAUCAUAAUAUUAUCAAUAUUGUGGAGGACGGUUCGUUCGUAGAUCUGCCACACCUCUCAGAGUUGCAUUUGAAUGACAAUCGUAUCACGGAGAUACAAUAUGGCGCCUUCCUACGCACACCUAUGCUGAAGACAAUAUAUCUGCAUAAUAACCAUAUAAGGCGCAUACAUCCUGAGUCAUUUCUACAAGCCUCUGGCAGCGGUGUAGAGACGAUUUACGCGUACAACAACGAAAUCGAACAAGUCGGCGAGUUGCGUUCUUUGCUCGACGCUCUGCCAUCGCUCAAAUUUCUCGACAUGAGCAACAACUAUCUGACUGACAUCCCCUUUGGCGCAUUACGCGGUCACGGCACACUCGAACAACUGCAUUUGAAUAACAAUCUGCUGCGCACACUCGAACGCGAUGCGCUAAUGGCAAUGCCGGCUUUGCGUGAGCUGCGCAUGCGCAACAACAGUUUAUCCAACGAACUGCCAAUGCCUUUUUGGAACUUACCCGGGCUUAAAGGGCUGGAUUUGGCGGUAAACAAUUUUCGUAGCGUUGACUCAUUUCUACUAGCUGGCUUACCAUCGCUACGACGUCUAGAUCUAAGCGAGAAUGGUUUAGUAAAAUUGGAACCAAAAACCUUCAUACACAACCCUAUGCUGGAAACGCUGAAUAUUUCUUAUAACGAGCUAUCGAGCAUACAUACAGCGACACUUCGUAAUUUGAAUCGUCUCUUCGAGGUGGAUGCAAGCUAUAAUCUACUCUCAAACAUCAUACCCGGUCUGCCGAAGAUAGUCGAACGCGUCUCCAUGCGCGGAAAUGCUAUUGCCACGCUACCUUUUUCCAUUGGAAAGUCGCUGAGUCUGCCUAAUUUACGUAUGCUCGAUCUGAGCGUGAAUCGCUUGGAACAGCUACCGAAGUACAGUUUCCAGGGCAUGCCACAACUGCGUGUGAUCAGUUUGGCUAAUAAUCGACUGCGCUCGUUGGACGACACCGCUUUCAUUGGUGCUACACGCUUGGAACUCUUACACCUGCAAGACAACGGCCUGUCACACCUCGAUGAGCGUACGUUUCUACCACUUGCCGAAUUGCGUAAUCUCAACUUGCAAGGCAAUAAGCUGGAAAGCGUUACCGACAAUUUAUUUUCAAACAAUUCACGCUUGGAGCAACUCGACUUGUCUCGUAACCUAAUACGCACUAUAGCGCCAUCGGCAUUUGAGGCGCAGCGCUCUCUCGAGUACCUCGAUUUGUCGAGCAAUGCGUUGUCUGAUAUGUCGGUUAGUCUAUCGAGUCUCGUAAAUUUGCAUGACAUAGACUUGAGUUAUAACCAGAUCACACGCGUGCAUGCAGAUGUCGUCUCCUCAUGGCGCAAUGUUGUGGAAAUACGUCUGGCCAAUAACCUUAUUGUCGAGUUGAAACAUGGCACUUUCCGCAACUUGCCAAAACUACAGUAUCUGGACUUGUCCAGCAAUGAAAUCAACUCGGUAGAGCCUGGUGCUUUGAAACACCUGCCAGAUCUGCAGGAAUUCGUUUUGGCCGACAACAAAUUGGUGGAACUGAAGGAUCAUGUUUUCGAAGAUCUGCCGAACUUGCUGGCCUCACAUUUCCAAUACAAUACUUUACGGUACAUAUCACCAGACAGUUUCUUUAAUUCGCCCUCCAUGGUCUUCUUGAAUUUGUCGAACAACAACUUCCACAACAUGGAAAAUAUUGGACUGCGUGCAAUGCGCAAUCUGGAGGUAUUGGAUCUGUCUACAAACGGUGUGCGCAUGGUCAAUACGAUGCCAUUGAAAUCGCUAAACUGGUUAGUGGAGCUCAAGAUGGACAACAAUCGCAUAUGCAAGAUUCAAGGCGGCCCAUUCGAAACCAUGCCACGACUGCGUGUGCUCUCGAUGCGCAACAACCAACUGCGCACCAUCAAAGAGCGCACUUUCCGAAAUUUACGCGGCAAUAUUGCCAUUCUGGAUGUGGAUGGCAACCCCAUAAAUUGCUCCUGUGAAAUGCAGUGGCUCUCUGUGUGGCUGCAGGAGACGAAUUUCCCAUAUCCCGGGCCGAAAUGUCAAGAUGGCCGUCUGCUGCGUGCGUCACGUAUCGAUCGCAGUCUCUGUGCCGGUUUUGAAGACACCAACCAACGCGGUGGCUCGGCGAGUGAUAGCAGUUUCAGCAGCGAUAAUGCCAAUCACUUGCCGCUCUUGAAUGAGCAUGGUGACAUUUUCCAACGCGAUUUGCAAGAGGAGUUCAGCGACGAAUGUGAGGUUUAUGACGUUUCGCCUGGAGAGCGUCCCUUGGCUGGUGAGAGUGAAUAUUUUUACGAUCAAUACGUCGACUAUACACCCGCAAACGACACGAACUCGUAUGUUAGUACCGAUGCGCCGGUUUCACACACAAAUAUAGCAAGUAAUGCAGUGCUAAGCACGCAGAAGAAACCGCCAAUUAGCGCCAACAUUGAUCUGAACAACACCAUAUUGAACACUAAUUACUUUAAAAGGCCACCGCCUUUGCCGGCGGGUGCGCAAACCAAUUCCCCCUUCACAUUCUUUGGCUACCCCAUACCGUCGCUGAGUUUGGGACGCUUCUUCGGCGCUGGUCAGCGUGGACGUAAAGACCGUGGUGAGAAAUCGAGCAGUGAGUCGACUACGCAAACGACUGCGAGCUCUACUGAAAGCGGCUUGGCACCAAUGUCGGCCACACAUCGCAUGCACACGCCGCACGGCAAGGUGCGCAUGUAUCAACCGAACAGCGCCGAGUUCGAGAAGUAUUUGAAUCCGCCUGAAUCGCAGUAUCCCGAUGUGUCGUCCAGAAAUCGGCAAACUACCACGAUGGCCGCAAGCGCUGACUCCAGUUCCGACGAGACGACGAGUAGUGAAACACCAAUAAGCGUAUUUAAAACCGCCUUCCGCGAGCCCACGAGUGUUGAACGUGGUGGUUUCCGCCCAAUAAUGCCAGAGCAUGUCGGUGGCUUUAUGCCCGUGCACGAUCCGUCUAAGCGGCGCGGUGUAGUGGAACCCAUACCAACGCCUACGAAAUAUGCGACGAAGCACACCGAGCGUGAUUACAUACCAAUGGUACCGGUGCAUGAAGAUAGUAGCCAUGGGCAAUCUAGCAGGUUGAGCAAUUUAAGACCCACAAUUGCUUCCAUACCCACCACAGCGUUAACAACUGAAGAGUCCGCCAGCGAGGAGUUUGAGUCGCAAACUUACUAUGUGACCGAGAAUCCAACGGAACUCACGACGACAGCACGUCGCAUAACGCCACCGUACGUUGCAACAACUACACCAACAACCAUUAUGACUAAAAUACCAACAACACCGAGCAGCACACGCAAUUUGCCACGCACUGUAGCGACCAUAGCCACCACACCCACACCUUUCCACACAACAACAAUGCCAACUAGCAUAACAACAACAACUACUACUACGACGCGCGCAACCACUGUAACCCAAGCGUCCACAUAUAAUCUGGGCGAGAGUGACACUUUCGACACCGGCGAAUACUACGAUGACUUGGAGGCGCAAUCGGUGGGCAUGCUCAAGCCGCCACCACUCAUACAAACCACCACAGCGGAGACUAUACUAUUAAUACCACCGCCGGAGGAGCAUGUCGAGCAGAUUAAGCGUCACUCUUGGUUAAUGAAGACCACAACAACAACGGAGGAAACACCAACUGCCAGUCACAUUGAUGCAACCGGUACAGGUAGUGGCAGCCUUGCCAGCGCAGAGCCACCCACUACACCACUAACCGCCACCAAUGUUACACCACGUCAACCACGCCCAUCAGGUGGUCGUUCCAUAAUCACCAAAGUCCAAACACCACAAUCGCAGAAUCAGUACCUACCCACAGCGGAGGAAUAUCAUCGCACAACGCCGCAUACACACAGCAGAGACCACACAUUUUUGGACCCAAGCGCAUUUGGUGAUCAACAAGCUCUACAACAACAACAGCAACUGUUAACAGCUGUUCAGCAGAGUGACUACCACGGCGCCGAGGCUACGGACGCCGAAUCGGUGGAUACUGCGGCGAGCGCUUAUCAGCAGGUGGAGCGUGCGAAUCGAAAGGACGGCAUGGAUUGGUACUAUGAGAGCUUCAAGAAACCGCGUCCGGACACAGCGGCCGGUAGUAGCUUGCGCAGCAGCGUGGACUUCGUUGCGAAUGGUGGUUAUGUAAGCAAUGCGUGCAAUUUCAUGGUCUUAUUAAGCUUGCUGGUGUUAUUUUCGUGAGAACUAUUUAUUUUUCAAUCCGUUUAAGGGGUCUCUUGUGUCGAUAUAUUUAAAAACUAUACAUAUAUACCUUUCUAACUGUUAUAUUAAAGUAUCUAUAGUUACGCAAGUAUAUUGCAAUAUUGUAUAGAAAAAGUUGUUACUUUAUCCGCGGUUCGAAUACUCACGCAAAAACUCUUAAUUUUU